UACUUGGUUCAGACUCUAACCACAUCAGCCUAAAUCAUUUCUACUAGUCGCGAGAUAAUGCUCGGGAAAGAGACAUUCGUUCCCGAUUGUAUACUCUGAUAUUAUUCCAACUGAAGUGUUCAUUUCCCGAAUUCGUCAUGAACUGUCGGUCCUCAACGAGAGAAUCGAUACGGGUAGUGGAACGGGGUGGCUGCAGUUUACUAGGGUGACUAACACACAUCGUAACGCGUUUGUCAUAUUAAAUUCGACGAUUCUUUCCAAAAUCGACGAAAUAACUUUUAUAGAGGUAUCACGGGGUUAUUGCUUUACAAUAACAAUAAUUUGUCAAUAAUUGAUAAUGUAACAAUUUUGUUGCUGAUAUUUCCUGUAGCGGUCGGUAAUUCGAUCCCGCCGAUGACAGGAUACACGCUUACGUAGUGUAUAAUGGUGUGUAAUAAUUUUAUCCGCGCAUCCCUCAUAUACUCGAAUAUACGCGCGGGGUACUCGUAAUUAUUUGAUGAGCUUGCUUGAAAAAAACAACGCCUGCUUAUUCUCAUCGCGACGAUUUUGCUGCAGUGCCAGAUCGAAGUUCAAUUGAUGCGUAACGCCCUCUCAUUCUGGACAAAAAAUUGGAAUGCGACGAAAGUUUGUUCUCCAUUCCAGGUAUUCCAUUAACUGAUUAAUUUUUCCCUUGCGUGUAAACACGAGCGUGGCGUAUUAAUGUGUAAGCGGAAAAAAGAACAUGCAAUAAUUUGCAUUCUGAAAGAAAAUAAUUUAAACGUCAUAAAUACUAAUUUUAGAUGGUAAAAAAAAUAAUGACAUCGUCAUUGUGUUGAAUCAUGAUAACUGGAGAAGAUACUUAACACGAAAGAACGUGAAUUUACGAGGUGAUAAAGCAGUAUAGCAUAGUCCAAUGAGAAAAUUCAAAAUGAAGAAGAGAUUAUUGUGGUGCGGUUUCACUUUCGCCGUCGUGCUUCUCAUCCUUAUGAUUUCGACUGAGAGUAACAUCAUCCAAAGAAUACCGUUUCUCGACGUGACGACAGUCAACGAUAUCAGAUGCUACGAUGAAGUUUCGACUACAAAAAGCAGCCUUGAUUUUGAUUCGGAAACAAAUUAUAUCGAUAAGCCAACAUCAGGUAGGAACAUCUUCUUCCAUGAGACUUCUUGUUUCGGCGACGAGGGCCUGACAUUAAAUGCCCGACAAGCUUGUGCCAUAGAAUCGGCAGCACGGAUGAACCCGUCAAUGACCGUGUAUUUGCUAUUCAUCAGUAAAUCGGAGUUCUCGAACAGUACACGCGAGAUCGUCAGGCAUCUUCUUAAUUAUUCCAAUGUCAGGAUCCGUCAUAUCGAUCCGCAGAAAUACGUGAAGGAGACGCCCUUGGAUGCAUGGUAUACCAGUGGCGUCUUAAAGAAAAGCCAUUGGCCGGUCAGUCAUAUGUCAGAUAUACUGCGUUAUCUGACUUUGUGGAAAUAUGGCGGUAUCUACCUCGAUCUCGACGUAGUAGUCACCAGUUCGCUAGAGAAUUUGACAAAUUUUGCUGGCGCAGAGGACUGGGACGAUGUUGCUGCCGGCGUCAUGGGGUUCGACUUGUCGAAGCUGGGUCGACGCGUGGCUGAUGCUUGCGUGCGUGAUCUCAGAAAGAAUUUUCGCGGCGACGUCUGGGGUAACAAUGGACCCGGAGUCAUCACAAGGACAUUGCAGAAACUCUGCGCGACGACAUAUGCACGUGAUAUGACAACCAACCGUUGCCACGGCUUCACAGUAUAUUCGCCGUCGGUUUUCUAUCCGAUUCAUUAUAAAAAAUGGAAGAAAUAUUUUGAGAUAAAAGACAGCAAUGUGACUUUGAAGAUAUUGAACAAGGCGAAAGCGAUUCACGUAUGGAAUAAUUUGAGCAAGGCCGAAAAGGUGCGAGUGAAUAGCAAUGUACCGUAUGCCGUUAUCGCACGGAAUUAUUGUCCUCAUGUUUUCAAUAAUUGCGGCAAAAUAUUUUGAACUUAAGCAUAGGUAGGAUAAAAAAUGGAAUACUUAUUUCAUCUCACAAUAUUGAAAAUAUUCCAUAUGAGAAAACAUUUCACGUAGAAUGAGAUUGUCUAAAUGCAAUCGAAAAAGCGAUAAUAUUGCAUAAAAUGCAUUUAACGAGACAAAGGCUGAUUUAGAAAAGUAUUCUAUUCACUCUACUUUUUUUGUGAGCAAUAAAUUUCUGUAAAUAUAUUUUAUAACGUCUGUUAAAGACCA